AGGCUGUAAAGGUUUUUAUCGCUCACUAGGUUGUAUUUGUGAUAUUCAUGAGCCGUUAAAAUAAAAUCACUUUCAUAUUAUCCUUGUUGAACUACUCGGCGCAAACGUAAAUCGAAAGAGUACUACCUUUGAAGUUAAAUAUACAUUUUUUAAUACGCAGAAUAAAAUUUUGUAUCAUCAGAUCGCAACCCACGCUGACAAAAUAAAUUAUAGUAAACCGCAAGGAUGAUGACAGAAAAAAUUGUACCCGGUCACUCAAGUUUGGUUAAUAAAGGAAUUUUGAGUGACCACCAAAUUGCAAGCAAUCUAAGUGAUGAUAUGGGCUGGAAAUCUAAACUAAAACUUCCCCCUAAGGAUAAUCGAUUCAAAACGACAGAUGUGACUGAUACACGUGGUAAUGAAUUUGAGGAAUUUUGCCUUAAACGAGAACUUCUGAUGGGAAUUUUCGAAAAGGGCUGGGAGCGGCCAUCUCCAAUUCAAGAAGCUGCCAUACCAAUUGCUCUAAGUGGAAAGGAUGUAUUAGCUCGCGCAAAGAACGGAACAGGAAAGACUGGUGCAUACUGCAUUCCCGUUUUAGAGCAAAUCGAUCCCACUAAAGACUAUAUUCAGGCAUUAGUUAUGGUUCCCACACGAGAACUUGCCUUGCAGACUUCACAGAUAUGCAUUGAGCUUGCUAAGCAUCUGGAUAUCCGUGUUAUGGUCACAACUGGCGGUACUAUUCUAAAGGAUGAUAUUCUUCGUAUAUAUCAAAAAGUACAAUUAAUUAUUGCAACUCCGGGACGAAUUUUGGAUCUAAUGGACAAAAAAGUUGCGGAUAUGUCGCAUUGCAAUAUACUAGUUUUGGAUGAAGCUGAUAAAUUGCUGUCAUUAGAUUUCCAAGGCAUGCUGGAUCAUGUUAUUUUAAAAUUACCUAAAGAUCCACAGAUAUUGCUAUUUUCUGCAACAUUUCCAUUAACUGUCAAGAAUUUCAUGGAGAAGCAUUUGCGUGAGCCGUAUGAAAUUAAUCUUAUGGAAGAGCUGACACUGAAGGGUGUUACUCAGUACUACGCAUUUGUGCAGGAACGUCAGAAGGUGCACUGUCUGAACACGCUAUUUUCUAAGUUGCAAAUCAAUCAAUCCAUCAUAUUUUGCAAUUCAACACAACGUGUCGAACUCUUGGCAAAGAAAAUUACGGAGCUUGGCUACUGCUGUUACUAUAUUCAUGCUAAAAUGGCUCAAGCGCACCGCAACAGAGUAUUCCACGAUUUCCGACAAGGUCUCUGCCGAAACUUGGUUUGCUCUGAUUUAUUCACCCGUGGUAUCGAUGUGCAAGCCGUAAAUGUCGUUAUUAAUUUUGAUUUUCCGCGCAUGGCAGAGACAUACUUACAUCGAAUUGGACGAUCUGGUCGAUUUGGUCACCUGGGUAUUGCUAUAAAUUUAAUAACGUAUGAAGACCGGUUUGACCUUCAUCGCAUUGAAAAGGAACUAGGAACGGAAAUUAAACCCAUUCCGAAAGUAAUUGAUCCUGCACUUUAUGUGGCCAAUGUAGGUGGAUCGUCGGGUGAAGUCUGCAACAAUAGUGAUUUGAAUAAUUCUACAAAUGAGGAAGGCAAUGUUAGUAAAUAGAAUAAUAAAAAUUGGUUUUAAAAAAAUAAGGUUUUGAAAUAUCUAAACAUGGAAACAAUAAACGAAAUCUAAUAUUGCAAGAAA